AUGACGUUCGGCCAGGAGUUGCUCGGUCGGCAGCUGAUCAUGAUGGAGGCUGGAGAGACUCCGCACACCAACGGGCUCCGGGCGACAGCCGCCGAGAACGGUCUCAGCAGUGGUGGUCUCCAGGGACGGGACAGCGGCCCAGGGCCAGGGCCGGGGACAGGCCCCGUGAGGCGGGUUACCAUCGCCGACGGGCCGCCGGCGGUCAGCGGUGGCAGUGACGGCGCCAGUGACGGCCGCAGUGACGGCCGCAGUGACGGCGCCAGUGACGGCAUCGGCAGGGGCUCAGUGUCGCCGCCCGUGGUGAAGCCUGCAGUGAAACCGAAGCCGGUGAUGCGGCCUGUGGUGAAGUCCGGUGACGCGGUGACGACCGGUGACAGUGUGGCGGUCAGUGAUGGUGUGACCGGGAGGGGUGUGUCCGGCACGGUGUCCGGUCAGUCCGCGGACACGGACACGGACAGACCGGCGCUACGCUGUGCCAUCUGUGGACAACACUUCCGGAACCCGAAGAUCCUGCCGUGUCUGCACACAUUCUGCCAGCACUGCCUGCGCCGCCACGUGCCCCCGGAGAGCCUGUCGGUCUCGUGCCCCAGCUGCAAGUGCCACUCGAUCCUCCCGCCGGCCGGGGUAUCGGGUCUCCAGACGAACCGCCUGCUGGCCGUGGAACCGGACUCGUGUACCGCCUGCGCCGGUACCGGUACCUGUCCCACCUGCGUGGCGGUGGCUGCUGAGGAGUCACGGGACCCGGCGAAGGAGAGCAGCGACUCCGACUCUGACUCUGGCAGUGAGUCGGAGUCGGAUGUCACUCAGGACUCCUCCGGACGACAGCGAGGUGCCGACUGGCAGCUCUACUGCUCUAAUCAUGCUGGUCAAACGCUGCGCUUCUUCUGCCGAGACUGUGAGACGGCCGUGUGCGCCAGCUGCACCGAUAUCCUGCACGCGCAACACAGCACGUGCAGGCUAUCGGAGACGGGAGCCGAGCAGAGGCAGGCGCUGCUGGCGCUGAGACAGCGGGUCAGCAGUCAGAUGGACGUGGAGCGGCGCCGUCGCGCGCUGCUCUCCGCCGCCGGCGGCCAGCUCCACCAGGCGCGCCUGCAGGCUGAACAGGACCUGCAGGCGUACUGCGACUCGCUGGUGCAGGCGGUCCACAGGCGGAAGGAGGCGCUCACCGGCCUGCUGGCGCAAAUAUACAGGGACAGAGUCAGUGAUAUAGAGCACCAGCUGGCCCGCCUGGACUCGUUCCUGACGGAGCUGGACUCCUGUGAGCGGCACAUGGAGCGGGCGCUGGACGCUGGUACCGACACAGAGGUGCUGCUGCUCAACAAACAGGUCACCGUCCGGGUGGGCGGUCAGCAGCUGCUGCAGCAGCGACAGCAAGCCGACGCCGAACGCGCCGGGGAGCUGAGGUUCGAGGCGUCCAACACGGACCGACUGGAGGCACAGUUGGCCUCCUUCGGCUCGUUCCGCGCCGGUCCCGAGCCUCCCGAGCCGGCGGCACUGGCACCUCAGUCGGAGACGGACGGCGGGGCCACUGGCCGGCCGCCGGGGGACCAGCUUCUGCUGGAUAUACCGGCGCGACUCAGUCACAGCGGCGGUCACAGUCCGAGCCAGACACACAGUCACAGUCCGAGCCAGUCACACAGUCACAGUCCUAGCCAGUCUCACAGUCACAGUCCGGGACAAACACACAGUCACAGUCCGGGCCAGUCUCACAGCCAUAGUCCGGGACGAACACACAGUCACAGUCCGAGCCUGGCUCAUAGGCAAAGUCCCAGCCAAAUCCACGGCCCCAGUCCCAGUCAACUCCACAGGCACAGUCUCAGUCACGCCCCGGGCCAGCUCCACAGUCAAGGUCACAGUCCGGCACAGAUCCACCGGCACAGCGUCAGUCACAGUCCGGGCCAGCUGCGUGUGCAGAGACACAGUCCCUCACAGGUCCACAGGCACAGUGUGAGUCACAGUCCGCAGCUCCACAGCCACAGUCCGAGUCAGAGUCACAGUCAGGGCUCGAGUCACAGCCCCAGCCCCGGACAGAGCAACGGUCACUGCCAGCUGCCCUCCUCAGACGUCUCCAGCGAGCGGUCGUCUGCCGAGAGGGUGCCCGCUCGCCGCUCUCUCUCGGGCAGCGCCGCCUCUCCCUCAGUGGUCAGCACCGGCUCCCGCGGCUCGGGGGCCAGCCAACCGUCGAGCCGGCGCAGCUCGCGUCGCUCCGUGCCGCCGCCCCUGCCGCCGGCUGAGGAUGACCUGGUGCUGUCCAUUGGAGAGAAAGGACGCGGGAGAGGAGAGUUCAGCAACCCGCAGGGCGUGUGUUACGUGGCUGCAGCGGACCGCCUUCUGGUUGCCGACUCCAACAACCAGUGUGUGCAGGUGUUCUCGGCCGAGGGAGAGUGUAAACUCAGGUUCGGAGUGCGGGGCCGGGCGGCGGGCCAGAUGCAGAGACCCUGCGGCGUCGCGUCCACCCCCGACGGCAACUACGUCGUCUCCGACUACGAGAACCGCUGUCUGUGCGUGUUCGACCCGCUGGGGAAGCUGGUGCGGCGCAUCGGACACGGAAAACUGCAGGGUCCGAAGGGCGUGACCACCGACCGUCGCGGUAAUCUUCUGGUGGUGGAUAACCGGGGCUCUGCGGUGGUCACUUUCUCCACCGGGGGUCGCCUGCUGGCCCGGUUCGGCAGCCGGGGCACGGCUCAGCACCAGUUCGCGGGACCGCACUACGUGGCCGUCGACAGCCAGGACCGCGUGGUGGUCACCGACUUCCACAACCACUCCGUCAAGGUGUUCAAUGCGGACGGUAAACACCUGUUCAGUUUUGGCGGGAACGGCGAGGCCCCUGGUCAGUUUAACGCGCCAACCGGAGUCACCACGGACCGCUACGACAACAUUCUGGUGGCCGACUGGGGAAACAGCCGUAUACAGGUGUUCGACAACACGGGUCGGUACCUGUCCACCGUUAACACCGGCGCCACUCCGCUCUACGGACCGCAGGGCCUGGCCAUGUCGCCGCAGGGGCACGUCAUUGUCGCCGACACGGGCAACCACGCCAUCAAGUUCUACACCUACCACCCUUUGGCAGCGUAACACCCGUGACCUGUGCCUCCCGUGCCGUGCCGUCCCGUGCCGUGCUGCGCUGUGCCGCGCUGUGCCUCAUGUGCCGUGCCGUGCCUCAUGCGCCGUGCCGCUCCGAGCCUACCAUACCACGCCGUUCUUGCCCUUGACGGCCGGUGGCUGAACGUUGCCCGGCGCGCCUGGUCCGUCCCCAAAGGUCGAACCCCGAUACCUGUACCCGGGGAAGGCGGCUGGCGGGGUGCGCCGGUCCGUUCCCCGUCCACCCGACGGCGUACCCUGAGGCUGUUUACGGCGACCGUGUUUGUGUGGCAACCACUGCAAUCCUGCGGCGGACCACUAAUAUCUCCGCCUGCAUAAGGUAGUCGCUGCGGGCGCCUGGUGCUUUAUUACGAACGGAAGCGCAGGGGGAGAACGUACUUACAUCGGCAGUCAGCGCAGAGUGCGCCGUGCUAUUUAUCAGACAGGGAAAAGUUCCCCGCGAAUGCUUGCUGUCGAUGUAUAAUACGGGGUUAGGUCUGGAGCCUGUCCGAGCUACGCUGUCAGCCGUACUUAGGAACUGAUUAUUAUUGCAGUGGUCCUGAUGGCUGCUUGGACCGCGGUCCGUUUAUAUCCAGCCGAGCCCGUGCGCCGUUCGACGCACCGCUGAGUGUGGAAAACAGCCCGCUCCUGCUGAUGUAACCGUCCUAUAUUACUGCACUGAUGAACGGUGCCCCUGUGCGGUGUCAUAAACGAUAACAGGUGGCAAUGGCACGUGUCAGGGGCGAGGGACAGCGCGGCCCACCGGGACGGCGACCCUUCUGUGCCUUCUGGGUGUGACGGGGAGAGGCGAGGUGACGGGCCCUCUUGUGCUGCUGGACUGGUGAAAUGAUGUGAAAAUGUUACAUCGUGCAGCGCUGGUGCUCGAAGACGUUACGAAUUAUGGGAUGGUAUUUAUCGAACGUAAUUUACUUGUGCUUUUGUUAAAAUAAUUAAAUACUAAAACAAGGGCUUCUGUAUGUUUUUUAGAUUUUCGUGCGCUGUAGUGUUGAUGUUUUAUGUGAAUAUUGGACAACCACAUGUCACGAUGGGCGGUGCUAGUUGCUACUUAUGGCCUGCUGCGUUUGCUAAUAUUACUUUACUUUUGUGGUAGGUUUCUGUUAUCCAGUGGCAUUAUUGCAAUAGCCCCUAGCGACCGGCCGAAGUGCUGCUUCUUUGGCCAGUUGUUGGUUUCACUGAGCUGUGUGGCGCGGGGUAUGGAGCCAGUCUGACUGGGAUGGGGGGGGGGGGGGGCGCUGGGCUGAACCGGGUGAUGCCUGCCUGUCUGUGAGUGUGUGGACGUCCGCGGGUCUCCUCAGCUGCGCCGAAUGAGUCACAAGUUCUGGGUGCCGGGUCACUCGCACUCCAAGUACCGUACAUUUGCAGCACGCCUAGCUUAGGGCGCCGCGUCUGCGGCCCUCGCCGGCCCGUCAUGGGCCGCCGUCGGUCCAGAGCCGUUUUUGGAUACAAUAUACGCUGUGUCACUGCGUGGGUCUGUUGCUUGUUCCAGCUUGAUAAAUGCGGAUAAUUUUUGACUCCUGUGUUUGUAUGCGUCUGUUCCCAAAAGCUAUCUAAAUCUAAAUAUGUUAUUUAUACAAGAUUUACAUAUUCUACGUGGGAAUUUGUUUUUUGUUGCAUAUAAUAUUCAAAUUUAUGUUCAUGAACAACGUCACAACAUUGAGCUGGCCUUACGUCAUGUAAUAACUGCGGUAGUAGCUUGCGAUAUACCGAACGCCCGCCACGUGCGUUGUGCGCGCCUGGUGUGACUAGAUUUACACGGCAUGAGAUUGAAAGCACAUUUGUUGAUCUUAUGAACGUCGCACGGAGCUGUCGUCAAAAUACAUCUGAUGUAACCAGUCAUUGGUCCCACACAUGUAAGUACGUACAUGUCAGCUGAUGCAAUUCUGUUAUGAUUAUAAUACG